AUGAUAAAUGUCAAUACCUUCUUUCUUUCUUUCUUUCUUUCUUUCAUUCUUUUAAUAUAUCCUUUCCUUCUCUUUUCUUUCUUUCCAUUUCUCAUCAAUCUAUCUAUCUUUAGCCAUUUCUCAUCAAUCUAUCUAUCUAUCUAUCUAUUUAUCUAUCUAUUUCAGUACUUCUGUUUAGCCAUUUCUCAUCAAUCUAUCUAUCUCUCUAUCUAUGAAGCUAUCUAUUUCAGUAUUUCUGUUUUGCCAUUUCUUAUCAAUCUAUCUAUUUCAGUAUUUCUGUUUAGCCAUUUCUCACCUAUCUAUCUAUCUAUCUAUCUAUCUAUCUACUUCACUAUUUCUCAUCUAUCUAUCUAUCUAUCUAUCUAUCUAUCUAUCUAUCUAUCUAUCAAGUCUACUUAUGAAAUAGACAGUGUCUGCCAAUGUCACAUUUUUGCGUCCUUUCUGCUUUCUUUAACAAAUUCCACUUUCUCAAAGCCAAAGUCCGUUGUGGUUUUGUUCGUUUCUUGA